ACUGACUGAGGCCCCAUAUCGUAUUUGUCCCCCAGACUGACCCCCCGUCAACCAUCCCCUCUUUGACCUCGCCUCCGUGGAGCUGUUCAACCUGAUGAUGGAGAACUUUACGGCUGUUGGAGCAGUGACCACAGAGACAGAAGGUAUCCAUCUGAACUGCAGCAUGUCCGGGAGGCACAACUUCAUCUUCACCCUGAUCCCGGUAGUGUACGGCUGUAACUUUGUCAUCGGCAUGGUGGGGAACAGCAUGGUGGUGGCGGUGAUCUACCGUUACAUGAAGCUGAAGACAGUGCCCAACGUGUUCGUCCUCAACCUAGCCAUCUCAGACCUUACCUUCCUGAUCACCCUGCCCAUGUGGGCCACCUUCACAGCCACAGGCUACCAGUGGCCCUUCGGUGGGUUCCUGUGUAAGGCCAGCGCUGGACUGGUUAUGUUCAACCUCUACAGCUCCAUCUUCUUCCUCACCGCGCUCAGCAUCGACCGCUAUCUGGCCAUCGUCCACCCGGUGAGGUCGCGGCAGCGCCGUACUGUGCUCUACGCCCGUAUCACCUGCGUCCUGGUUUGGCUCUUCGCCCUCCUGCUGUCCGUCCCCACGGCCCUGACCAGAGACCUGAUGCACAUCACCAACUACAACAUCACCACGUGUGGCGUGCUGCACCCUGAGGGCUCCAGGCACCUCCUCCUCAUCAUCAGCCUGAUGAAGAGCAUCCUUGGGUUCCUGUUUCCCUUCCUCAUCAUCAUCACCUGCUACUGCCUGAUUGGUCAAGCCCUGGUCAGGGCGAGGAGCAUCCAGAAGACCACCCGGUCGAGAGACGAUGAGGUGUUGAGGAUGCUGGCGGCGGCUGUUCUAGCUUUCUUCCUGUGUUGGGCGCCCCACCAGGUAUUCCACUUCAUGGAGCUCCUGGCCCAGCUAAAGGUUGUAACUAACUGUGUGAUGGUGGACGUCAUCGACACGGCCAUGCCCUUCACCAUCUGCAUCGCAUUUCUCAACAGCUGUGUCAAUCCCAUCCUCUACGGCUUCGUGGGACAGAACUUCAGAAAGAACCUGUUUCUACUGCUCCGCUGCUCCUCCGUUGGCCUGGCCGGGACACAUCCCUCCAUCUCCUCUAAGAUGUCCGCCCUGUCCUACCGCCCCUCUGAGGCCCUGCACCUCACCAACAAGAACAAUGUCUGAUGUGAGGAGAGAAGGAGUGUGUAGCUGUGUAAUUCUUUGGCUCUUCUGGUUGUGUGAAGUGAGGAGUACGGAGGAAUACACAUUGUGGAUGCCUCCCAAAUGGCCCCCCUAGUCCCUAUAUAGUGCCAUUUGGGCCCUGGUCAAAGGUAGUGCACUAUAUAGGGAAUAGGAUGCAAUUUGGUACACAUCCCCAACUGUUAUACCAAGCACUGAAGCAUGGUUAGAAGUUGUACUGUAGAGAAAUAUAGGUAGAACAUGGCUAUUAAAUACUGAGGGAAUGUUCCUUUGUGUCUGAAUCAUAUGAGUUGAGUCCAUGAAACAGGUUUGUUCGCUGCCUUGAACAACAUACAGCAGAGGUGCAUGGCUAGCUAACAGAUUUCAUUGUAAUGCAGCUUUAGAACAAAACAGCUGCGUGAUUUCUGUUUAAAAAACUGAUGUGAAAUACUAUUACUGUACUUUGGUGUUCCUGUUUUUUGUGUUGUCACACAGGUACAUAGAUAUGUAAGCAGACGCAUACAUACAGUAUUUAUAUGGCACAUUCAGUAAAUGUUAGCUUUGAAUAUACUGUAGAGAAAAAGAACAAUAACAUGGGAGGUUAGCAUUUUA